UGUGAAUGGCAAGGAGGCAUAGAUUUUUUCGACAGCCUAUUUUUGUUGUACAAUUUUAUUUCACGCUCAAUAAACGGACUACCGGAAUCGAGAAUAAUUUAGAUAUACUCUUGGUUCUCCUAGAAAAGUGCAAUACGUAAGAAAUGUACAAAAGUAACUAGCUAAAGUUUACCUUCAGAGUUCAGCAGAAGGCAAAGGGCCUCGACGACAGGCGUGUGUGAAUGAGGAGAGAGAAAAAUCAAACAUAAUUACCGAUUCGUAUUAGAUUAGCAUAAUAUGGAUUCCCGUUACGGGCGAGGCUUCUCAAGAGGAGGCGGUGGCAAUGGAAACGGCGGCGGAGGCGUUGACCACCGCGAGAGUCAAUACAGACGCUACAGUCGAUCCCGGUCACGUUCACGUGACAGGAGCCGAGAGCACGGUGGCUACAGACGUCACAAUUCGCGUUCGCGCAGCCGCGAGCGUUCCUCCCAUUACAAUAGGCAUGCCGGGGGCAGUGGCAGUGGCAGUGGCAGCCAAGACAAGGAUCUCUAUCGCGACCUGAUCGACGACCUGAUCGACUACCAGGGGGAGCGGAGCUACAACUCGCGCAAUCGCAACGAGGACAACUAUGACCGUCGCGAGGACAACUACGACAACAAUCGCGACCACCGGUGGAAGAACUAUGAGCGGCAGUCGCGGGAACGAGGGAACUCCGACUACGAUCGCGGGAAUGAGCGCAACAAUCGGAACGCUGACUAUCGGCAUCAUAAUAAUGGAAACAACAGCAACAGCAACCAACCGAACAGGGAACGCGACAGGGAGCNAUGA